AUGACCCGCUCGCAAGCUAAGAAAUUCCUCGCUGAUAAGGAUAGCUCACCCAACGAAGUUUCUAAUGUUAAAAUGGAAGGAAUCGACCGACCCGCCGAGCCGAGAAAACAGAGCGUGAAAGUAACUAGCGAACAAGUCACCACCCCGACAGACAAGGAUAAUACUGCGGUGGGUAGCCUAACUCAAGACUUAGCAUUGGGCAAGCCAGAGAUUAUGGAGAUCGACUACGAGCCUUCUCGAAUUGAUAAAUCAAUGUUGCAUAGCGAACGUUUGCCCAGUGACACGCCUAUUCCGGAUGAUGAACCACAUGAAGACGAGCUACUUUCAAAUAUUGCGCCAGCUUGGAAGUAA